GCUAAUCUGUAAAUUGAUACGUAAUGUUUCCAUAUUAGGCAGUGUUAUCAAUAUAUAGAAAGGAGAUUCCCAGCGCGUUGUUUAUAGUUCUAGAAGCAGUUCAAAAUGGCGGAAAACAUACUCGACAUAUUUCUAUCGGACAGUGAUUCUGAUGAAUUUGAGGGAUUUACAGAAGCAGAUAUUGAAGCAGUAGAGAGAAGAAGUAUCGGUAGUGAUAUUUCUCUAUCUGAUUUUGAGGAUUCAUCUUCGGAAGAAGAGUCAGAGGAGGAAAUAGACGACGCGACCUGGUCACGACAGUUACACAAACCAAACGUGACUGAAUUUACGGAGGAAGUUGGCCCGUCUUUUGUGCUGGACGAGGACAAGAAAGAAUUGGAUUUUUUCUUGAAAUUCUUUCCUACAACCUUGAUUGAAAAAAUUGUGGAAGAAACCAACGGUUAUGCUGCGAGAUCAAUCGUCACACGACCCGACAAAAUUUGGGUGCCUACCACGAUUCCCGAGAUGAUGGCGUUCUUAGGAAUUCACAUCAUUUUUUCAGUCCUUGGAGUGCCGUCAUAUACACUGGCGUGGAAAUCAACGUGGCCAUUUGAAAUACCCAGUAUUCCAACCAUCAUGACCAGGACUCGUUUUGAAAGAAUCUCAAAAUAUUUCCAUAUGAAUGACACCACACAAAACCCAGCCCGAGGACAACCAGGACAUGACAAAUUGUGUCACAUCAGGCCAGUUAUUGACAAACUCUCUGAAACUUGUCAUGAAAACUAUCAUCCCCACAAAGAACAAUCAGUUGAUGAAGGUAUGAUAGCUUUUAAAGGAAGACUGUCCUUUAAACAGUACUUGCCAGCCAAGCCAACUAAAUUUGGGAUUAAAGUGUGGGAACGAGCAUCACCAAAAAAUGGAUACGUGCACGAGUUUCAAGUGUAUACGGGACGUGUAGCUGGCGGUCGUACAGAAGAAGGAUUAGGAUCUCGUGUUGUGAAAGACUUGACUCGGAAACUUGUUCACAAGUCUCAUGUUAUUUACAUGGACAAUUUCUUCUCAAGUCCCGAACUAUACGAACAGCUGUUACGUGAAGGUAUUUACUGUUGUGGAACCGUUCGAGUGAACCGUCGUGGCAUGCCAGAGGCCAUAAAGAGUGCGAAAUUAAAGAACAGGGGUGACAGUCUAACAAUGCAGAAAGGAAAUCUUGUAGCCACUGCUUGGAAGGACAAAAAAGUUGUUACUUAUCUAAGUACAAACUGUGACCCUACUCAUGAAAGGAUCGUGCAAAGGCGUCAGAAAGAUGGAACUAGAAAAGAUGUGUCAGCUCCUAGUGUCUCAGAACUGUACAACAAGUACAUGUUUGGAGUUGACCUAGCAGAUCAGAAGAGGAUGCAGUACUCUACCUGCAGAAAGGCCAAAAAAUGGUACAAAUACUUGUUUUGGUUUUGUUUUGACUUGGCCCUGGUAAAUGCACUCAUCUGUAUGCAGGAAUCGCCCAACCACAAACUGAGGACCAAAACAAACAAAGAAAAAAAAAGGACCCAACUGGACUUCAGAAAGGCUUUGGCCCAGCAAAUGAUUGGAGACUUCAGGGGUAGCAGAAAACGAAAGGCCCCAGCAGUAACCGGAAAUUGUGGCCUUGCCCACUGGCCCAUUCAGUUUGAAAAGCCAGGACACUGCAAGGGCUGUGCAAAACAGCAGAAAAGGCAUGAAGUGUCAACUGGAUGCAGGCAGUGCAACAUCAGACUUUGUAUUAAAAAUGACUGUUUCUUCAAGUGGCAUCAGGAACUUUUAAGAUGAAAUAUAUGCAGAAAUUGUACAUUUUUCUUGGAAAAUGAGUGUUUAUGUUGUAAAUAAUUGAGAACUGUGAAGUAACUAAUUGGUCAUAUUGGACAAUAUUCAGAAAAUGUGAAAUUUAAACUUUUAAGAUUAUAAAACACUUUUGAUUUUUAAAAUAUUCCAAAUAAUAAAUGAGAUAAUGAGCUUUA